ACUGAGUCAGCUGUUUCCCCUCUUCUUGAGCAAGAAGUUAAGGCAGAGCUACAAAGGAAACCCGUAUAAAAUCAGCAAAAAAGUCGAAGCUUUCUUCAGUUCUUCAAAAUCACUCGCGUCAUAAGACACAGAACAUUCCUCUAAAUCACUCGCAGUUUACAGUGUAACGAAAAAUGUCUAGGAGAUAUGAUAGCCGCACAACAAUCUUCUCCCCUGAAGGACGCCUGUAUCAAGUUGAGUAUGCUAUGGAGGCCAUUGGAAAUGCUGGUUCUGCAAUAGGAAUAUUAUCCAAAGAUGGGGUUGUCUUGGUUGGAGAAAAGAAGGUUACAUCCAAGCUAUUGCAAACCUCAACUUCCACUGAGAAGAUGUACAAGAUUGAUGAUCAUGUUGCUUGUGCUGUGGCUGGAAUUAUGUCUGACGCCAACAUCCUCAUCAACACUGCCAGGAUCCAAGCACAACGCUACACCUUUGCAUACCAAGAGCCGAUGCCUGUAGAGCAACUAGUUCAAUCCCUUUGUGAUACUAAGCAAGGGUACACACAGUUUGGAGGUCUUCGGCCCUUUGGUGUGUCGUUUCUGUUUGCAGGAUGGGACAAAAAUUAUGGCUUCCAACUUUACAUGAGCGAUCCUAGUGGAAAUUAUUCUGGUUGGAAAGCUGGAGCAAUUGGUGCAAACAACCAGGCUGCACAAUCCAUGCUAAAGCAGGAUUACAAGGAUGAAAUCACAAGGGAGGAGGCUGUCCAACUUGCUUUGAAGGUGCUCAGCAAAACCAUGGAUAGUACAAGCCUUACUUCAGAGAAGCUCGAACUGGCUGAGGUCUUCCUUUCUCCUUCUGGGAAUGUGAAAUACCAAGUCUGCUCACCCGAUGUUCUAAGCAAGCUGUUGGUGAAGUUUGGAGUUACCCAACCUGCUGCUGAGACUUCCUGAUUCAAGCUCUUUUGUAUCUCGUUUCAGUAAAUCACUGCUUCAGAGCAAUUCAUGCUUGUAUUAUCUCUGUUCUCAGAAUGCUUCAUGCAAAUGAGACUCCAAGACCAUGUCUUGAUUAGAAUUACAGUACUAUGAGAUACUUUUGUUGGUUAACUAAAUUUACCUUUAAACUUUAUCA